AUGAUUGCAAAAUUAAUGGGUGUAACCUACCUCAAGAGCAAAUUUCACCGCUCUUCAAAUACAGCCCAUACAAAUGAUGUUAAUUUAGAAUCAACAGCAGAUGCGCCUUUCCCCAAAAUCAAAUCAUCAAACACAAUAGAGUCUACUUCUACAAUCAAGAGAAGUAAAUCUACAAACCCUUCCUCGUCUACUAAAGGAAAACAAAAGAAGCAUUCAAAUUCACACGAAAUAGUAACACGAUCACAAGUCCGUCGUUCAAAUACAGUACCAUCAGGAAUUGCAUUGAAAAACUUUUCCCUUAAUAGAACUUCAGGAACACUGUCAAGUCUACCGAAUUCACCUAGUCUUCAUAAUGGUCUUUCUUUAAUUGAAGAGUAUGGUCCACCUUCACGAACAUCAAGUCAAGACAGUACAGCUAACUACAAUUUAACACCUAAUAAUAGUGGCAGUAAUUUAAUGAGUCUACAACACGGCUAUUUAACGGUAGAUUACAAUGUUAAAGAUGAUUCAAGUAGUCUCUACACUGGUAAAUCAAAUAACAGACCUGACGAUUAUUAUGAUAGUGAUUAUGAUAGUGACAAGAAUGAAAAUGAUUAUGAUUCUGUAACAAAUUUGUGGGUUUUCCCUAGAACUUCAAACAAUUUCAGUAUCCCAAGAACACAUGGAACAAAGAAGAAAAAUGUACGAUUCAUGUGA